CAAUCAUGUCUCGAGGAAACUCGGAAUAUGACCUGAGAGAUGCUAGUCAAGUAAAAGAAUAUCUCCAGAACGUCCUUAUAGAAUACCAGUAUAGUUGCUUUAAGGAGGAAGAUCCUACAGGUUGCCACCGUCUAGGGUACUUCCAUGGUUAUGUAGACAAGGAUAAAGAAGAUGCCAAGGAGAAGGCAAAACAAAUAUUCAAAAUGAAUUGUGAAAAAUACAAGUUUGGCCAAAGCUGCGAUUCUCUGGCUGGUAUGAUUCUGCAUGAUAAAAAAUAUUUGACAGAAAAGGCAGACAGGGAUGAUAUCAUAAAAUAUUUCAAAUUGGCCUGUGAUAAUCAUUAUUAUACAGCGUGUAAAAAUUUGGGUGUUCUGAUGCUAGACAAAAAUGAAAUUUGGAAGGACUACCAUGACACAAAGAAAGGGAGAGAACUUCUACACAUGGCAUGUGAGAAGAAAAAUGUGGACAGUUGUUACAUUCUUCAAAGACUCUAUAGUAAGAAAUCUCCAGAAAAAACAUUGGAAUAUGCAUUAAAAGGCUGUGAGUUAGACGAUGGAAAAUCCUGUGUCACAGCUUAUCAAUUAUACCUCAAAGGAUUUGGAGUAGAGAAAAACACUGAAUUAGCCAACUUCUAUAAGGAGAGAGCGAGUUACAUACAGAGACAUCAUAUUGCAACAAAACCAGAUGAAUCUACAAGAGUGACUAUGUGAUGUAGUUGAAAUUUAGAAAUUAAUUAAAAAAAAUAUGAGCAAAUUAAA